UUUCGUUUCCUCCUCCCGCUGUCUCGUUGCCAGAGUCCUGUUACUUAUUUUACUAGCUUGUCAAAGACAGACGAAAGGAAAAUUCCAAAAUGGCCCACCUUGUAGGAUCUUACAAACUCGUCUCCAGUGAGAAUUUUGGUGAAUUUCUGAAGGAAAUUGGUGUGUCCAUGGUGACCCGCAAGUUGGCUGAGAACUCGAAGCCAACAGUUGAGAUCAAGCAGGAAGGUGACGAGUACCUCAUCAAGACCAUCGCCUUCAAGAACUCCGAAAUUCGAUUCAAGCUUGGCCAGGAAUUCGAAGAAAAGAGGCUAGACGGAAACACAGUCAAGACUGUUGUCAACUUGGUAGAUGGAAAACUGGUGCAGAAACAGUUCGGUGACAAAGAAGUUACCAUCACCAGAGAAGUUGAAGGAGACACUCUCAAAGUGGUCUGUCAGUCCGGAGAUGUCGUCUCUACAAGAGCCUACAAACGAGAAUGAGCUUCCAAACCUGUCCGUCCUUUCCGUAUCACCUCAUCAGCGUCCGGGCACUGUCACUGAUCAAGGCCGCCCAUUAAUAUCGGGAACUUAAUUGAAAUGUUAAUUGCACGCUACAAGUGACGGUGGUGAACUUAAUUGUGUUAAAUUUUAGUUUUCAAAUAUGUGUCUCCUAUCUCUGUUUUCUUCUGUGUUCUGUAGUUCACUCAUUCUGUGUGUCUUUCGUGUAGCUAUGAAAAGAUGAUAUUAAAGUAGAAAUAGAAAAGCAA